AUGCAUCACCAUCAUCCCAACAAUCGAAGCGACAGGAGGGCCUUGCGAGUCUUCCAAGCCAACGUGGGCAAGAUCCCUCCGGCGCAUGACACUGCGCUCGCGCUGGCUGAUUCGGAGCGAUACGACAUUAUCCUGCUGCAGGAACCAUGGACAGGACUUAAAGACGGCCGAUGCCUCACCAAGACGCAUCCGGCCUACGACACAUUCUCACCCGUCACCGACUGGGACGGCCGCGACACUCGUCCGAGAGUCAUGACAUACGUCCGGCGCUCCGCAGGCCUCGUCACUGAUCAAAGGAGACCUACGGCGACCCGUGACAUUCUUUGGCUCACUGUGAGCGGUAUCACUAUAGUCAAUUUCUAUCGGCAGCCGAACUACGACGAGGCCCUAGAAACGCUGCUUCGGUGGACCGCGCCGGACAAGUGUCUUGUUGUUGCGGGUGAUUUCAAUGCCAAGCAUCCCAGCUGGCAGGCCGGUCGUCGAGAGGACCGCGGCGAAGAUAUAGCGUUUUGGGCAUUGGAUAAUCGACUCAGCUUACUGAAUCCUGUCGAUGUCCCGACCAACGCGCACGGCAACACGGUCGAUCUCGCCUUCUCGAAUAUACCCCUGGCCGACGCUGUUGUCGAGGACCAUUUACAUGUUCCGGCACCUCUUCCGAUAGGGAAGAUCCGUCUCAGCUCCGAUGAGGAAUUGAAGCGGUUCGUCGAGUUAGUAGAGGUCGGCGCCGCCGCCAUCCCAGUCACCACCGCAUCUCCAUCAGAGCUCGACGACCUUGCGUCGGCGCUUGUGAACCUUCUCGGGUGUGCAGCCAGAGCUGCUGGUCGACCUGCUCGCAAGACUACGCAUGGCGCGCUGUGGUGGACCGAAGAAUGCGCAAAGGCGGCGGCCAGUUACCGCGCAUGGAGGAGAGUUUACCCUCUCGGCUUCGACCGAGAAGUGCAGCUAGCCAAGAGGGAGUUUCAUAAGGUGGUGCGCCGGGCAAAACGCCUUUACUGGCGCGACUUGAUCGACAACUUCACCGACAGCGCCUCCGUGUUUAGGGCGGUCCGCUGGCUGAAAUCUCCAGGCUCGUUUCAAGCGCCUCCCCUGCAAGUAGAUGGACGAGUGUAUGAGACGCAGCUGGAAAAGGCCACCGCCUUACGACAGGCCACUCUGGAACGGCGCACAGCGAACGACGACAUCCCAGACCCGUGGGUUCCCGUGAAAGCAGGGACGACGAUACCGUUCGCCGAUCGGGUCUCUGUUGAGGAGACCCGCGAUGCCAUCUUACGCACCGGGAACACAUCUCCAGGCUCUGACAACAUCACGGUGCGGAUGCUACGCGCCGUCUGGCAUGCAAUCGGCAGCCUCGUCCACCAGCUGUAUCAAGGCUGCCUCAGCAUUGGCCACCAUCCGAAGCCCUUCCGAGGAGCAGAAGUGGUCAUGAUUGCCAAGCCGGGGCGCAGGGAUCUCUCUACACCCCGCGCCUGGCGCCCCAUCUCCCUUUUGUCCUGUCUCGGCAAGGGUCUCGAACGGCUCAUCGCACGGCGCCUAGCGUGGGCCUCGGUCCAUUUCGGCGUGUUGCACCCUCAACAAGCCGGCGCGCUUCCGAAGAGGUCGGCUGUGGAUCUUGUGGCUGCCUUGGUUCACGACAUCGAGGAGGCGUUCGCUCGCAAGCAAGUCGCGACAUUGGUGACCUUGGAUAUACAAGGCGCCUUUGACACAGUCCUACGCAACAGAUUGAUCCUUCGCUUACGGGAGCAAGGCUGGCCACCAAACCUCGCGCGCUGGGUCGGCUCGUUUAUGCAAGACAGGUCGGCACGCAUCCGCUACCAGGAUAUCGUAACGGAUUCAUCGCCACUCCAGUGCGGUCUGCCACAGGGAUCGCCAGUCUCUCCGAUCCUCUUCCUACUGUAUACGGAACCAAUCUACCGCCAGGGCAGCUCAAAAGGGCGUUUCGGCUAUGCGGACGACACUGCCAUUCUCUGCGUCGGCAAUAGCCUAGACGAGACGUCCGCCGAAGCAUCUCACCUCGUGGGUGAGCUUGUAUCGUGGGGCGCCGCCAACGGGAUCUCCUUCGACCCUGAGAAGACAGAAGUGAUGCACUUCUCUCGAACGACGCCCAAGACGGCGCCGUCAGUGCUCCAUGGCGAAUUUGAGAAACGGCCAGACCGAGCGAUGCGCUGGCUCGGCGUCUGGCUCGACAGCACACUGUCUUUCAAGAUUCAUGUCGAGAAAUGGACGGCCAAGGCACAAGCAGUCGCCUUCCAUCUCAGGAGACUGACAAACACCAAGCAUGGUCCUCUACCGAGCGAACCUAGACGGGCAGCCGGGCUGGACAAAGGCCAUCAUGGACAUGUCGGCGCCAGCAUUUUUCUGGCUGUCAAGAGGUUGCCGCGGGGAGGACGAGGUAUCGACGUUGAGCUGGGAGGCCGACAUCGUGAGAACAUGGCAGAUGUGGUCACCGUGGAAGUGUAA